AUUCUCAUCGGCAGUCUUCACACGAGUCUUCACGCGAAUAUACCUCGUCUUCCACCGGAUCGGCAGCUGAUCGACCUUGGAGAAAACUCGACCAGCUGCUCUGAUGCGCUUAGAUCAAGAGGAUUCGAACGUCGCUGCAAUCACAGCCGCCCUGACGAUGUACUGAACUACUGCAAUCAUCAGCCGCCUGUUCGUCUCUCCGGAGGGCUAGCUUGGGAGCAUGAAGAUCUACUGAUUCCCCACUCCCCAACAAAAUCUUCAGCAUGUCGAAGCCAACCUCACCCUCCUGCUGGCCUCUAUGUCCACCAACGACUAGCGUGGUUGACUCCUUAUUUCUCGCAAAGCAGGGCAAGCAAAACAAUGGGUUUCCUUCCAAUCCACAGAAUCAUCUUGCUGUGUUUUUGUUCGUUACUGCCUCCUCCUGUAUCAUCAGACAGCCGUCUUCUUCCCAACAAGCCGCUCACUGUUGGAAGCACACUCAUCUCCGAUGAUGGCACUUUUGCCCUGGGCUUCUUCUCCCCGUCCAACUCGACCCAAAAACACUACUUCUACGUUGGUAUAUGGUACAACAAGAUCCCCAAGGACAACGUCGUGUGGGUUGCCAAUCGCGCAACGCCAGUCACCGAUCCUUCCUCUGCAACACUUGCCCUGACAAAUACAUCCAAUCUUGUUCUGUCCAGUACUAACAGCCAGAUGCUUUGGACGGCAAACAUCAGCUCUGCAUCGGAGACCACCGCUGGAGAAGCCACGCUUGACAACACUGGGAAUUUCAUCCUUCGGACAUCCGAGGGCGUCGUCUUAUGGCAAAGCUUCGAUUACCCGGCCGACACCCUUCUCCCUGGCAUGAAAUUUAGGGUCACCCACCACUGGCGGACACAGUAUAUGGACAUGGGUGUACAGAUGUACACCCAAUAAUUUUGAGAAAAAAAUUACAGGCACUAUACAUUUGUAUGUAUUGUACAUAUAAGUAGACCAAAUUAUGUAUAUUUGAUCCAAGUAAAGGAGUGUUUGAUUGAAGGGACUAA